AUGGCUCUGGCGGCGCGGGCGCUGUGGUCCGGAGGGCGCACGCUGGCCUGGCGGCUGGGCUGUCCUGGGCCUGAGCUCCGAACGCCGAGCCGGGCAGGCUUCGCGGGGGCGGCAGGCGGCUCGGGCCCCACAGCCAUCCCCUGUAAAGGGACCUCGCGUCUUUUGGGAGCGACGGCGCUGGCCCUGGGGGGUGCCCUAGGAUUGUACCACACGGCGCGCUGGCACCUGCACGCGCAAGACCUCCGAGCUGCUGCACAGCUGUCCCUGUCGAGUCACCUGCAGCUGACCUUGUACCAGUACAAGACCUGUCCCUUCUGCAGCAAGGUCCGAGCCUUCCUGGAUUUCCACGCCCUACCCUACCAGGUGGUAGAGGUAAACCCAGUGCGCAGGGCCGAGAUCAAGUUCUCCUCCUACAGGAAGGUGCCCAUCUUGCUGGCACAGGAAGGAGACUCCUUGCAACAGCUGAAUGACUCCUCUGUCAUCAUCAGCGCCCUCAAGACUCACCUGGUGUCAGGGCAGCCCCUGGAGGAGAUCCUUACUUACUACCCACCCAUGAAGGCCACAAAUGACCAAGGCAAGGAGGUGACCGAGUUCUGCAACAAGUACUGGCUCAUGCUGGAUGAGAAGGAGGCCCAGCACAUGUACGGCGGGAAGGAGGCGAGGACGGAGGAGAUGAAGUGGCGGCAGUGGGCGGAUGACUGGCUUGUGCACCUGAUAUCCCCCAAUGUGUACCGGACGCCCACCGAGGCCCUGGCCUCCUUUGACUACAUUGUCCACGAGGGCAAGUUUGGGGCUGUGGAAGGUGCCAUAGCCAAGUAUGUGGGUGCAGCUGCAAUGUACCUCAUCAGCAAGCGACUCAAGAGCAGGCACCAUCUCCAGGACGACGUGCGUGAAGACCUCUAUGAGGCUGCCAACAAGUGGGUGGCCGCAGUGGGCAAAGACCGGCCCUUCAUGGGGGGCCAGAAGCCGAACCUCGCUGAUCUAGCAGUGUACGGCGUGCUGCGUGUUAUGGAGGGUCUGGAGGCCUUUGAUGACCUCAUGCGUCACACACACAUCCAACCCUGGUACCUGCGGGUGGAGAAGGCCAUUGCAGAGAACCCCCCAGUGCACUGAGCAUCCCCUUCAGGAGGAAGGCCACUGAGGAUGCUCGUUACUGGCUGUGGGAAGCCAGGACCCUCGGACAGUGGCCCCAGCAGAGGCCGCCCACCUGGCCCCUUGGCUGAGCCCUUCGGCUGUUCUCCUGAGGUUCUCAAUGCCUGCCCUGUCCCAACCAGCCAGACUCUGUGA